CUGUGAUGACAAGAGCACGAAUCACGUCCGGCUCUUCUAACCGAGAGUAAUAGCUCAAGCAAGGCACACUGUUUCUAUUUGUGAUAAGUUCCCCGGUCGAUCUCUGCCGUUGAAAGAAAGGCUAUAGAGCUAACUCAAUUGCCACCGUGAUGUAUAAAGCUAAAGUACCGUUUUAGCCGACCAAAAAUCCCUUUGUCGUAAGUCUGAUAUGAUGCAGUAACACUGAUGCGCCACUAUCUGUUCAUGUAUGUACCCCAACAUCCAUUCUAGGGCCUUGCUCCACUACACAGCUCGGAAAAUAUAUUUCCUAAAAUGUGAUAGGGCAAUGAAUAGCCGGGAAAUGGUUGAUCGGCUUAUUGGGAAUGGUUUCAGCCCCUUGCAUAGAAGCUCGGCAAUGCCUUGCUUGACUUGAAAGCCUUAUCAUAACAUGCGUUAAAGUAUAGAUCAUCCAAGCUUUCAUGGUUUCGUUGGAUACUUUGUACUUCCGAGGGAAAG